AAGAGGAAACAAUCCAAAUGGGUACGAACUUAAUACAAUACAGGAACUUAGGUUAAAGCUUUUGCUGAUUUGUCUGAAAGUGUGAAACUGUUACCUCCUCACAGUUUCUAAUGCAGAAAAUCCCAAAAAUGUGUGAAUUAAUCCAAUAUCAUUACAACCUCUAGUAUACUUGUAGUAGAGGAUCACAACUAAGUUACUAUAUAAAUGUGUAAAAAUGCACAAUUAUAAAGGGCAUUUUUAAACUACUUUCAGACAUAGACUGUAGACAAAACCAUUAAAUCGGGAGAAUAAUUGGCAGAUUAAUUGAUAAUGAAAAUAAUCAUGACUUGCAACCCUUAUUUAUACAUCUCCUCCUGGCUACUGAUGCAGAUAAUUAUACAAAUGCAAGAAAGUCACAAAGGUUCUGGAAGGGAGUGCAAUAAAUUCAAUCUAGUAGCUGGGUAACGGUCUCACUGUAGCAGCCCUAAAGAAACUGGUUAGUCAGAAGAUAACUGCCCUCUCUCUCCUAAAUCCUGUUUUCUUUUGUCUCGGGGCUUGUAAAAUUAAGCUUGCAGGCAUGAAACUGAAUACACAAACAUAUAUAACAAAGUUUAAAGGCAGAAGCCUACACACUGUAACAUUAAGAUUACAGGUACAUAACUGUAUUUCCAAGCAAAUCUCUUUCAUUUAUAUAAUAUGAGCGACAGUAGAAUCAUGCACUGAAACUGAAUUGACAGUAGACUUAUGUAUUUACGUCCACAUAUUUGUGUGGUCGAUAAGAGAGCUUUCUGAUUCGCUGCACACCGGAUGGCCCGCUUCAACAGGUGACAGCGGCGUGCACGCCUACCUCGACCACAUGGCCCAUGCCAACACAAACAGGUCGAGGGAGAUCGAUGGGACCGAGAAGUGAUGCAUGUAAUUCAGACUUGCGUAAAAUCAUAUCGUGCACGGAAAUGGAGCGGACCCUGUGCACGAGUGGAGGGUGAUCAAAGCUAACAAACCGCAUGCUGCGCACACGCAUCUCGUUUUCAGAUCGCCUGCCAAAACGCUCUGAAUAAUUAUAAGACAAACAUAUCGGUAAGAAAUGUCCGUCUGGAAAGAAGAAACCGAGGAUCAGCUGGUCAGCAUGGUCCAAGAGAGGCCGGCUCUGUACGACAUUACAGAGAAACUUUAUGCCAACCGAGUGAAGAAAACAGAACUGUGGCGGGAGAUAGAAAAUAAACUCGGGAUAUCAGAGAAGGAGCUCAAGAAGAGGUGGGAGUCUCUACGGACGCAGUACACUCGGUACAAGAAAUGUGCAGAUCCAGGGAGCCGUGGAGCGAUAACGACCGGGAGGCAGCAAUGGAUCCUGACCCGUCUGCAGUUUUUAGAGCCCCACAGAAAAAGGAAGGAGGCCGCUUCCAACCUUGAACUCAGGGAAACUUCAGCUGCUGGUUCUGAUUCAACCUCAGAUGGCAUCAGCUACAUCAAAACUGAGGUGCCAUCCAGCCCGCUCUGCAGUGAGACCCAAUGCAGCACCCCUACAUAUGAGGCCUGCAUGUCUGAACAAGAGAUAAAGCCAUGCACUCCCUUUGAGGAGUCCAGCAUCUCUGAAGCAGAGUACACACCCAGACUUCUCAGAGAGGAGCCUUGGCCAAGCACCUCCAGAGAAUCCAGGCCUCUGGCAAAACGCAGCAAGAAACAGCUGGAGGAGUCCACUAGUGAGGAGUCAACAAACUUAUUACGCGUCAUCAGUAAAACCCUGGAGACUUUGGCUACUAGGGAUGACCGCAAUGAUGACGUCUCAGCGUACUGCAAAAAUCUUGAAAGCAAAAUGAGGAAGUUGCCACAGCACAUACUCCCACAUUUCCAGCAUGAAGUGGACACUCUUCUCUACAGAUACCUAAUUCUUACUUCUUAUAAUCAUACAGGUCAAACAUCAGGGUCUCACUGUUCUCAGCAUCAAAUGUGAUGCAGAGGUCAGUGAAGUAUAUUAAGGUUACCACUGAUGCAUCAUUUUUUACUUUUUUCCUGUUACAUUUUUGGAUUAUAUGUGUUGAUUUAUUAACUGGGGAAAAAAAUGUACACAAACCUUGCUAAGACAUAAUGGUAGUAAAGCAAGUAUACAAUAAAAACAGUGGUGCGUUAAAACUUCCCUGUCUAUAGGCACAUACCCAGCAGGCUCUUCUUCUGGGUGGCUGGGCUCUUUGUUCUGGACGCUUCGCUUUGCUGUGGCAGGAGCUGGACUCGUCUGUGAGGCUUUAACACCAGGUGGCUGGGUUCACAAUACAGGGAAACAACACAUACUGCGUUUGAAGUUUGAAGACGUUUGUACUGAUUGUGGUUGUAAGCAGUUAGUAUAAUGACUCGACUGUGCUAAAGUGAAGAACAGUUUGAAUAAAGACCAAAUUUAUGUUAAUCUA